AUGGGACCAGCUGAGUUCGGUACCGCUAAGUAUUUAAACAAGAAGAUGAAGGCAAAGGGCCUUCAAAAACUACGAUUUUAUUGUCAGGUCUGCCAGAAACAAUGUCGGGACGAAAAUGGGUACAAAGCACAUUGCAGAUCUCCCUUUCACACGCGAAAUGUAGCCCGAAUGAAACCACAGGAUGUAAAUAACUACACAAACCAGUUCGAGCAGGAUUUCCUGCGGCUGCUUCGAUUAUCGCAUGGGGAAAAGAAGAUAGAGGCGAAUAAAUUUUAUAAUGAGUUCAUUCAAGACCGAGAUCACAUCCACAUGAAUGCCACUAAAUUUCCGUCUUUGACCAAGUUUGUUAUACAUUUGAGUAAAACUGGCAAAAUUAGAAUUCAUGGUUUAAAUCCAGACGAAGACGGAAAUGGCAUUGACGUGGAGGGCGGCAAGGUUCUGAUUAACUACAUUGACGACUCCUUCGAAAACAUGCAACGACAAAAUAAGGUGAAAGAAAUUGAGGGUUCAGAAAAUACUGAAGAAGACAUCAAAAUGAAGAUGCUCAAGAGACAAAUAGCCAAAGCGGCCACGACCACUACAGCAGUUGAGGACGAGGAGGUGGUGGUGGAUGGUCAAAAGCCGGGCACAUCGAUGGGGAAACUCUCGUUGGCUAUUCCAUCCUCAGGGACCAAGGGGAAAGUAACAAAGAAACGAAAGAACAUAUUCAAGAAGCUGAAAUAA